ACACACACACGCACACACACACACACGCACACACACACACACAGGGUGCUGAGCGCGGAGUAUAAAAGGGGCAUCCUUCCCACUCAACAGAGAAGUGCUCUCCUCACUCUCACACACUCUGACUUGCUGAACCUCUUUUCUCAAGAUGACUGCAGGGCUGUGUGUGUGUGUCGUGCUGGCAGUCUUAUGUACGAGCUGUUUGGGGCUCCCCUUCUCCUCCCAGCCCCUAGACGAGGGCCACCGCUCCAUGUCCGCUGCGUCUGAAGCUCUCCUUGAGGCUGACACCCACACCUUGGGAGAGCCCCACCUCCAACACAGCCGCUCUGCCCCCCAGCUGAAAGCUCUUCCUCUGGCGGAGGACGACGCAGACUCCCGAGCCAACCUCGGCGAGCUGCUGGCAAGACUCAUCUCCUCCAGGAAAGGUUCUGUGCGUAGAAACUCCUCGGCAAACAGUAGAGGCAACGGACUGAGUGCCAACCACCGGAUAGCAGACAGGGAUUACUUGGGGUGGAUGGAUUUCGGCCGCCGCAGUGCAGAGGAGUACGAGUACUCCUCGUAAAGGGAAGUCACGGCUCAUACCUCUGCGUACGGGCACAAAGGAAAAAGACGAAGAAAAAAUAAAAACCCCCACGCAAGCUGACUCCUCACUGUCUCACAAUAAGAGUCUAUUUAUGAUGUAUUUGUUGUACAUUUGUUUGUAAAACUGUAAUAAUGCAAUAUAUACAUAUGCCAAAUUUUGCAGAAAAGCUGUCACUGUCCAAGAUUUGUUUGUUCCUGGUUUUCUCUGAUUUCUUUAUCAUUUUGGGUGGAAAGGACUGGGAUGGUGUGAAGGUCUGUUGGGACUAACUGGACUGAUUAAAGAUGGGAAAUAUCACU